AUGUCCACCUCCGCAUCGUCGUCGUCCAUGCUCGGGGCGCAGACCUCCAGGACCCUCACCAACUCCACCUCUGCCGCCACCGCCGCUACCAUCGCGCCCGCCCUCACGUCGCCGGCCUCCCAGGCCGUCCACGUCGCCAGCGUCAAGACGCACGUCCCUGUCGUCCUCGACCUGCAGCAGUCCAACUACGCCAAGUGGCGCAUGCUCAUCACCGUCCUCCUCGGAAAGUACGAGCUCAUGGAUCACAUCUCCACCGUCACGCCGCCGGAGGCUCGCACGGCCGAGUGGCAGCGCCAGGACUACGUCGUCCGUUCAUGGCUAUAUGGCUCCAUCAGCGACGACAUCCUGGACACCAUCAUGGCCCAGGAUCAGACCGCGUACGACGCCUACACGCUGAUCCGGAACCUCUUCCUCGACAAUCAACUCACCCGGGCCGUCUACCUCGAGGCGCAGUUCUGGUCCAUCGUUCAAGGCGACCUCACCAUCACCGCCUACUGCCACCGCCUGAAGGCCCACUCCGACGCGCUGGCGGACGUGGGGUAG